UUGCUUUCCCUCUCUGCGCCGCAGCUCUAUUGCCCACACCUUUUUCCCGUUUCCUGCUCGCUUUGCAACCUUUUUCCGGCGAGAGAUCUUAAUUUGGUUUGGUUGGUUUCUUUAAGACCACUGCGUCUAGAUCACCCCUGCCAAGCUUUUCAUCCUGUUUUUUUCCUGCUAUCCUCUCCCUCUCUAGCUUUGCUUUGCUCCCUUUUCCCCUUACCUUACCUUCCAAAGGCCAAAGCAAGAUUCUUGUGUGAGGUAGUCGUAGUAGCUGCAGGAGCUAGCUAAGCGAGUAGUGUGAUUUGGUAAAGGGGCCGGCGAUGGUAGCUAUUCGCUGCUAGCUACCUGCUGGCUCUCCUUGGAUAUCGAUUAUUUGCGACCUGCAAACGCGUCUUGUUUUGACUUGGUUUGAUUGAUUGCUCAGCUGUGCCCGACAACUGAUUUUGCGUGUCUUCUCUUCUAGUUCUUCGGAGAGAAAGAGAGAUUUGGUCGGCCGAGCUCGCUCGCUCUAGUGAUCUCUAGCUAGCUAGCUUUGCAGAGAAAAUCCGGUUCAAGCUGGACUUUAAUUCUGGAGGUUUGAGCGAGGAGGAAGAUGGCGCAUGACCCGAGCUUCGGGUUCGCGGACUACUUAUCGGCUGCCGACGCGGCGGCCACGCCGACACUCAUGCCGGCCAUGGAUAACGGGGCGCCGCAGGAGCUCUACGGCCUGCAGACCAGCAUGGAGCUGCUCGGCAUGCGCGGCAUGCACCCCGCCAUGCCGGGCGCGGCGUCGGCUGCCACUGCCGCUCACUGCGGCGGAUCAGGAGACGCCGGCGAUUCCACCAUGCGCUUCUUCCUCGAGCAGCACCAGCAUCAGCAGCAGGCGCCGCUAUCCCUGUCGCUGCAACAGCACCAGCAUCAGCAGCAGCACGCGCCGGUGUCGGCAUGGAUGGCGCACGAGCAGGACGCGGCCGCGCACGGGCAUGGACAUGGCGCGGCGUGGCACCUGCGCAGCUCCAGGUUCCUGUUCCCGGCGCAGCAGCUGCUCGAGGGCUUCUGCAGCCUCCCCGUCGACACCAAAAGCAAGCGCACAAAGGCAGCACAGCAGCAAGAAGAUGCCGGCGGCGGCGAGGGCUCGUCGUCUUCGAGCUCGUGCCGGGCCCCGUCGUCGGCGCAGAUCCAGGCCAUGGACGCGCUGGAGCUGCAGAGGCUCAAGGACAAGCUCUACAUCAUGCUCGAGGAGGUGGACAGAAGGUACAGGAGGUACUGCGAGCAGAUGAGGGGCCUGGCAGGCGGGUUCGAGGCGGUGGCCGGGGAGCGAGCGGCGGCGGGGUACACGGCGCUGGCGUCGAAGACGAUCUCGAGGCACUUCCGGAGCCUGAGGGACGGGGUGGUGGCGCAGCUGCAGGCGGUGAGGAAGGCGCUCGGGGAGAAGGACUCGUCGUCGGCGUCCAAGUCUUCGCCGGGCGGGAUGACCCGCGGGGACACGCCGCGGCUCAAGGUGCUCGACCAGUGCAUCCGGCAGCACAAGGCGAUGCACCAGAACGGCGGCCUCAUGAUGGAGACCCACCCCUGGAGGCCGCAGCGGGGGUUGCCGGAGCGCGCCGUCACCGUGCUCCGGGCUUGGCUCUUCGAGCACUUCCUGCACCCGUACCCGAGCGACGUGGAUAAGCACAUCCUGUCCCGGCAGACGGGCCUCUCACGGAGCCAGGUGUCCAACUGGUUCAUCAACGCGCGUGUGCGGCUGUGGAAGCCCAUGGUGGAGGAGAUGUACGUGGAGGAGAUGAAGGACGUCGACGACGGCGCCCAUGGCCAAGAUCAGGUCGACGCCGCCGUUGGGAACAACAACCCUAGCAGCGGCAGCAGCAGCAGCAACCUGGUUCACGCCGACGCCGAUCGCGCGGCACUGCUGCUGCGGGCCGGGGACGGCGGCGAGCGGAAGCCGACGCGCGCGCAGCUGCGGCACGCCGAUGCCGACAUCGGCGUCCACGACGCCGGCUCGCUCGCCUCCGUCGUCAACAUCGGCGCCGGCAGGAUGGUGGAUAGCUUCGUCGUGGACAUGGACGACCACCACGGCCAGUUCGGCUUCGACGCCUACAACGAUGCCGAUGCCGGUCAGUCGUCGGGCUUCGGCGGCGGCGGCGUGUCGCUCACGCUGGGGCUGCAGCAGCACGAGUCGUCGCGGCAUCAUGGCGGCGUGAACAUCGCGUUCGGCGCGCCGGCGCCGGCGCACGGCGGGUAUUUGUUCCCUGGCGAUCAUGGUCAGCAGAUGGGCAUCGGCGUGCUGCACUCUUCUGCUGGGCAUGGUCACCACAUCCAGUUCGGGGAGGGCGCCGGGGACGCGUCGUCCAACGGAGGGCAUCAGCAUGUCGACGACGCCCAGCACUACCGCUGGCUAAGCACGGCCGGGUCAUCCAGCCUGCUCCCCGACCUCACCGGGUGAUCCAUCCAUCCAUUCAUCCAACAUCACCCGCGCGUCCGGCCGUGCGAUCGGGAUCAUGCAUGGGAUGAGACGAGCACGGCGUCGGCUGGGGAACGUACCGGGGGAUGGAUUGUCUGCAUGCACUCUCUGCUGACCUGCACAAGGACUGGUUUUUGGCUAACUCUAAUGCUUGCCGACCGACGCAUCUCUCGCGGACGUCCUGGCGCGGCAGCGCGGGUCUCCGCCGACGCGUUGACCCGGCCCCCAAGCUACGUGUACGUAUAGCCAAUUUGUUGCAGAUUUGGCUGCUCCGGCAGGCGAGUAUAUGUACGUAUAGCCGCCCGGUGGUGAUUUUCGUGUACUACAGUAGUAGUUUGGAAGCAGGCAGGUUGCCCGGCGCCCAGGCUACGUGUCGGCAGCUCGGGUGUACGUACGCUUGUACUAUGGUGGGACUUAUUUGUAGUUGGAUCCAAUUGGUGCAUGCACGGGUUCGAAAAACAAAAAACUUUCAGAACUGUGACUAAGCAAAAACGAAACCUCGUAGUAUUA